UCGCCGACUCCAAACUAUAAAUCUAACAAACCCAAAAUCAAAGAAACAGAACAACACAAAUGAGUGCCGUAAACAGCACCACUUGUUCUCUUCGGUAUUCCAAACCCAUCUGGAACCCAACUUUUUCUGCAAAAAAGAAAUGUAGACUCAAUCUCAUGUCCCAAAGAGGCAAUCUAAAAUGGGUGGUCCUAGAAUCGUCUGUAAAUGUCCGGAACCGGGACUGGAAUUGAUGACGAUCCCAGGAAUAGUAAGCUUUCUGUCGGGUCCAAGAACAGGUUGGAAGAUUAUAACACUGCCAUGAAGAGAAUGAUGAGGAAUCCAUAUGAAUAUCAUCAUGAUCUUGGCAUGAACUACACGCUGAUAACUGAUCUGAUUGUCGGCUCUCAGCCCCAGAAACCCGAAGAUAUAGAUCAUCUGAAACAAGAAGAGAAGGUAGCUUAUAUUCUGAACUUGCAGCAGGACAAGGACAUCGAGUAUUGGGAAAUCGACCUGCAGUCUAUAAUCGAAAGAUGUCGACAACUUGGAAUUCAUCAUAUGAGGAAACCUGCAAGAGACUUUGAUCCAGAUUCCUUGAGAAAUAUAUUACCCCGAGCUGUUCUAUUGGAAUGGGCCAUUUCUGAGGGAAAAGGAAAAGUAUAUGUGCACUGCACAGCUGGGUUAGGGAGAGCUCCAGCAGUGGCCAUUGCCUAUAUGUUUUGGUUCUGCCGCAUGAACCUAAAUACAGCAUGAAGCACUGACGUCAAAACGACCUGUGGACCCAAUAAAAGAGCAAUACAAGCCACCUAUGAUCUGGCUAAGAAUGAUCCAUGGAAGGAGCCCUUUGAAAAUCUCCCUGAAAAUGCUUUUGAGGGUGUAGCAGAUUGGGAGAGGAAGUUGAUUCAAGAUCGUGUCCGUGCCCUCCGUGGAACCUGAUUUCUUGAUUAGCAUUCUUUAUCUUAAAGCCGAUCUGAAAGCACAAGGCAGCGAAAUCCAAACUCUUGGGCAUUGCUAGUGAGAUGUUGAUCUCUCCAUGGACUAUUUUCUUGACUGAACAGCAAAAUUAGUUGGUCAAUCAUUUAUAUGAUCUGAAUUUAUAGCAGCUAUUUUGAAUAACCAUAAAUAAAACAAA